AUGGGCACCAAACUGCCACCGCAAUGCCACAACUCAUCACCCAUAUCUAUAUGCCAGUCCACGAGAGAGUUACACGCCUAUUCCCUCAAACAAUUCCAUGGUUAUCAUCCUCCAAAACAACUCUCAUGGAGCACCCUCAUCGUAGGCUAUGCUAACAGCACCGCCCCACGAGAAGCCAUUCUCUUGUUUCACCACAUGUUAUGUGUCAACAAUUCUUUUCUUCCUGAUAAUUUUACUUUUCCCGCUUUGCUCAAGGCUUGCUGUGAUAGUGACAACUCAUCCGCCAUUGAGGAGGGAAAGCAGAUCCAUUGUCAAGCUUUGAAAAGAGGAUUUUGUUCUGAUGUUUUUGUGCAGAAGCGGCUUAUUCGCUUUUAUGCGAAGUUCGGUGCUCUUGAAGAUGCCUGGAAGGUCUCUGGUCAGUGCAUUGGCGCCAUUGAUACUGUUUGUUGGAAUGACAUGAUCAAUGGGUACAUCAAAAUUGGCAGGUUAGAUGUUGCACAGCACUUGUUUGAUGACAUGGUCAACAAAAAUGCGGUCUCUUGGAGUUUGAUGAUCAAUGGACAUGCAAAUAAUGGUGACAUGGAAACUGCGAAGCUCCUUUUUGAUGAAAUGCCGGACACUGAGAGGAGUGCAUUUGCUUGGAACAGUAUGAUUGCUGGUUAUGCCAAGAACGGUAGGAUGGUUGAAUCUCAAGAGCUGCUCAAUCAAAUUCCUCACAGAGAUGUGUUCUCUUGGACUGCUGUUAUCUCUGGGUACUCACAAAAUUGCCUCUUCAAAGAGGCAUUGGAAGCCUUUCACGCAAUGCAGGUGGAGAAAUUGGAACCCAAUGAAAUCACCCUUAUAAGUGUUCUUCCGGCUAUUGCACAUUUUGGGGCAACUAGUCAGGGGAGGUGGAUCCAUGCAUAUAUUGAAAAGAAGAAGAUGGCCAUUGAUGGGGUUCUAGGCUCAGCUCUAGUAGACAUGUAUGCUAAGUGUGGGGACAUUGAAGAAGCCCUAAGAGUCUUUGAGAGACUUCCAUGUAAGGAGUUGUCAGCAUGGAAUGCUCUAAUUUCCGGCUUCGCAAGGCAUGGCCUCAGCAAGGCGGCACUCUGGUUUUUCUCAAGGAUGCAUGGCUCGAAUGUUAAGCCAAACGAGAUUACCUUUGUUGGUGUUCUCAGUGCGUGUAGCCAUGGAGGGUUGGUGGAUGAGGGUCAAAUGUACUUUGCUCUGAUGAAUGAUGCUUACAACAUUACACCUAAUGCAAAGCAUUAUGGUUGCAUGGUUGAUCUUCUUGGUCGCUCUGGUCACUUAAAUCAGGCAAAGGAACUCAUAGAGAGUAUGCACAUAAAACCCAAUGCUGUUAUAUGGAAAACUUUUCUCAGUGCUUGUAGGAUUCAUGAUAAUGUAGAAUUGGCUCAGCAGGUGGCACGAGAGGCUCCUGAAUUUGAUUCUGAAGAUAGUGGACCUUAUAUACUUUUAUCAAAUAUUUAUGCAGCUUCUGGUCUAUGGGAUGAGGCUAGCAAGACUAGAAGAACAAUGAAAGAUAUGAAGGUGCAUAAGGUCCCUGGUUGUAGUUGGGUAGAAAUGGAUGGAAUUAUUCACGAGUUUUUUGCAGGGGAUCGAUCCCACCCUGAUUCAGAAGCCAUAUAUAAUAAGCUAGAUGAGAUGAGACUGUCACUAAGAACAACAGGCUAUGUGCCAAACACAUCACAAAUAUUGAUGGAUGCGAGUGAGGAAGAGAAGAGAAUAUCAGUGUGGCAUCACAGUGAAAAAUUGGCCAUUGCAUUUGGGCUGAUUAAAGGAAGCUCAAAGAACCCAUUCCACGUGAUUAAAAACCUUCGCAUUUGUGAUGAUUGUCACUCGGUUGCCAAAAUCAUUUCCAAGAUUUAUAGGCGCAAAAUAGUGGUAAGGGACCAAAGGAGGUUCCACCAUUUCAAGGAUGGUAUGUGCUCUUGCAUGGAUUACUGGUGA